CAUUCAUCUGGCUCGUUCUGCUGAAAUAUCCUAGGAAAACUCAGAGAUCAGGACCUCAAGCCAGGCACAGAGACUUUGAGUCAUUUCUGCGAGGACGGGGAAGCCGUGUGUGUGGUUUGCUGGAGACCACCGAGCACAGAUCCCACCCGGUGCUGCUCCUGGACAAGGCUGCCCAGUCACACAAGGUGCGAAAAGGGGACGUUGCAUCCGCCGGAGGAGAUUUCUCCUGAACUGGAUUUGAGACAGUGACUUUGCCAGGAAACUGUUGCUCCCAUGGAGACUCCAAGGGAGGGCAAAGACACUCUGCGCUGUGCACUGGAGACACAGAGAAGAAAAUCCCUAAGCGCAUACACACCAGCGACUGUGACUCUGGAUCCAGAGAAAGCUCAUUCCAGCCUCGUCCUGUCUGAGGAUCGGAAACGUGUGAGACGGGCAGACACACGGCAGCGACGGCCCAGCACCCAGGAGAGAUUUGACACUCAGGCCUGUGUGCUGGGCAGUGAGAGAUUCACCUCGGGGAGACAUUGCUGGGAGGUGGAGGUGGGGGAUGGGCCAUUCUGGGCUGUGGGGGUGGCCAGAGAGUGCAUAAAUAGGGAGGACAGGAACAGCUAUAACUUUCAUGAGAAGAUCUGGGCUGUGGAGCGGUGGGGGGAUCAGUUCUGGGCUCUCACUGACCCUUUGACCCCCCUGCCCCUGAGUCAGGUCCCCAGCAGGAUCUGGGUUUGUCUGGACUGUGACCGGGGGCAGGUGGCAUUUAUUGAUGCUGCCUAUGAGGCCCCGAUCUACACUUUCCCGGCAGGCUCUGUCUCUGCGCAGAGCAUCCGACCCUGGUUCCGGGUAGGGCAGGGAUCCCAGCUCAGCCUCUGUCCCUGAGAUGGGGCAGGGGCAGGGAAUAUCCCACUGUGGACCCUGGAAUCAGAUUCUGUAGCCUCACACAAAUAAGACUUUAUGAGCUCCUCCUGUGGACUGUCUAUCCAGUCAUCUCGGGGACCCUGGAGGUUGCUGGAGGUCUCAGCUCUAGGCAGCCUCUGGCCUGUCCAGCCCCACAGAGCACUGAGUGUAUUAUUCUGGAAUGAGAAGUCUGUCAUUUUCAAACAAUUUCUAAACAAUGGGCUUGCUGUGUG